AUGCGUGAUUUGAUGGACAGUGCGGCCGGGAUCUCCAACACCAUACUGGCUCUGCUCGCGGGUUUAUCCCUCUGGACUUCACUAUCCCGAGUCAGCUUCGCGGAGCAUUCGCCCUUCGUUGAUCCAAAGUAUGAUGCCGACAACUCCGUCGCCAUCAUCAUGCCCCGAACCCUCUUUCCCGGUGUGCCAAAUAAAAUUGAAUUUCAUUCCAAGCAUCCCCUGCUGCGGAUAGUGAUUGGAGGAUCUGUGCAUGGUCUAGUCAACGCCUCCUUGGUGACUUCCUACAGGGAACUACAUCAAAGAGCAUUGCGAGGUCUCUAUGUCACCGAACUGCCUUAUCGCACCCCCUUUGUCGUAUCUGAGGGUGUCGCAAUCACUCUGAAUAUCACCUAUGACUACUGUUUGGAUGCCAACAACUUCGGAGCUGAAACGUCGCCGAUCAACUGCAGGCUGGAGAGGAGUAAAAGCCUCCUCUGGUACACUCAUAUGGCCAGACGUUUUGCUAUCCUCAUGGGGGAAACGGACAAACACCUAUACCGACCCGGGGAGAUGGUCCGCUUCCGUUUCCUAGCCCUCAACUCGCGUACUAUUCAGGGAAGCAGUGGAAAGCUUGUAUGGCCACCUUACCGAAUUGACAUGCUGGACUAUGCUUAUCCUCAACUCGUGAAAACUCCUGAGGAGGAGAUUAGGCGGCGUGAAACUCCACCGUACUUUGACAGCAUUUACGUAGAAGAUCCCAACCGAACUCGUCUCAAGGAGUGGACCUCUGUCCAACAGCCAACGGCACUCAAUUUGUCUUUCCGGAUUCCCGACGUCGUGAUUGAAGGUCGUUGGCUUAUCGUUGCUAGGCUACUGUAUGAAGUGAAGGAGCUGGAGAUUGAGGUUCGGCGUUGUGCAGUACCGCGUUUUCUUGUAUCACUGACGGCACCUGAGGAGAUUAGCCUUACAGAGGACUCCCUUCAGCUGCGCGUCUGUGCAGCCUACACUAGCGUUGCCGGCUUCUUUCGAGGGCGCUUCGCGAUCCAGGUCUGUUUCUGUUCAAGAUCCGUGUGGGAACAUCAGCAGGAACUGGGCACCCAAUUUCAGGAUAACGCCUGCCUUUCCAUAUCACCGAAUGCUCAAUCGGUGCUCAGUCGAUGUGUCCAGGCAAGCGGACUGUUGGAACCAAACCCAGAAAACGGAAGCUGUGUCCAGGUUAAGUCUUCGAUAGGGACCCUGAUGCAAGAGGCACGGGCACGCACCCACUGGGACCAACAGCUCGGCGCAGUCGUCAAGGUCACAGAGGAGUUCGCAGUCGACGCACCUGCAGGUUUUACAAAGUUUGCCCAAAUCGGCAUUCGCGUCCAUAGGGCGCCGAAAAUCGAGUUGAAGGUUGAUCCUGCCUACCGAACCGGCCUUCCUAUCUUCGGCAGGGUUCGAGUAAGUGGGUUGGAAGACUUUCCUGUGCCCAAUACUACUGCCUCAAUUUCAGUAGAAGUUUUUGAAGUUAGCCAUUCUUUUGAAUACUGGAGUCCCUCUACGGGGCCGAGCCAAGGCGAAAUCGGGCCUAACAUCUUUAAGACCAUAUUGACCCCAGAUGAACAAGGUUCUGCCGCCUUCGUCAUUCCCCCUCUGUCCGGUGGACAUGAUCUCCGAGUUCAGGCAAGAGUGAAUCUCGCGAAAACUGAUUCUCACACCACCACCACCACUACCUCCACGUUGCGGGAUCGACUGUGUCCCCACUGCUCCGCUUGGAUUAUCGAUAAUGAAAUCUCCACCUACGAGCAAAUCAGACAUUGGCAGUCGAGGUCGCCACUGGCGUUAGCUGUAGAGAAAACCACGUACGACACCAGCAAAGCCUGUUCUGGCUCUGUGAAGCUGUCGCUCCUAGUUAACGCACCACUGGAUGAAAAGGAUAUCUUCAUGUUUUACCUGUCACAGGGGGCACCGCGGCGGAUUUCCGCAACCCUUCGGUCCACUCUGAGCAGUGGUCAAGCCUGCUCGGGGCAGGACGGACCUCUGGGCCAUUACACCUGCAAUGCUGCCUUCAAGCCCGGUGAGGUCGGGGAAAUCACCUGUCUGUCCGGUUGGACAGGGGACAACUGUAUGACGCCGGAUUGUUCGGACAAGGACUGUGGUGUGGGCGGACUCUGUGUAACACCGGGUGUGUGCUCCUGUCGGGAUGGUUGGCAUGGCGAAAACUGUGAAAUUUGCGAACCCCGAAAGGGUUGUCUGCAUGGGGACUGCAAGCAUGGCAACGACUGUGUCUGCAGAGAGGGUUUCACUGGUUAUCUGUGUGACCAGCCACAUGUUCUGUACGACACCCUCGGUGACAUGAUGCCACUCAGUGCAUUCAACUUCAAUAUUGAGAAUGAGAAUUUGCCCCUCAGUACAGCUUCCCCACUGCCACUGCCGACGCCAUCUGAAACAAGCCCCGGAGUUCGGCGGACUGUCUUCAAAUACGAAGCUGUUUUUGAAAUGAACUCCAGUCUUGGACCGACUCGCAGGGCGGUUGUCUAUGUUUACCACCAAGGCAGUAACAAUGAAGUUCCCGAAAUCAUCGCUGAUUACGUUAAGAUUGGCGGUUUUAGGCUUUGUUCCACUCCAACACUAGUAAAGGGCAAGUUACCCACCAGGCUUCUGGAUCGGCACACUGUCCUUCCUGGGGAUAUGUUUCAACUCACGUUAAGUCUUCCGGCAGCUGGUCCGAAUGCCGACGCCCAAACGGAGGGAAUUGAGCACGCCUGCAUUUUGCGGAUGUUUAGCGUCCCGUUUGAGAAUCAUGAACGUCGCCCACUGGGGUCGUUCAUCGACUUGCAGACGUACGUCGGUCAGCUGGAAGAUUUCUUCUACCAAGGUGAUUUGCCCGUUUUCAGCACAAAGACGGCCUUUGAGGCGGCUGGCAUUGACUUCAUCCAGGUGGGUCCCUUCAGGCGACACAGCCCACGCGCAGUCAUGUGGCCAGUCUUCACGCCG